GUGAGAAGAGGGGAGCUGCAUCACCAUAUUUAUAAUUAUCUGCAAAAAUCUAACGUUAAUCGUAUUAAAGUGACGUUGAGUGUAAAUUUUUCUGCUCUAGAAAGGUUGCAACUAAAGCAGUGUCAUCAUAAAUAACCUGAUGGCGUCCAUUUAUGGCUUUGAAAUUGGGGGUUGCGCCAGCGACACCGCGUUGUACAAAAAUGUUUUCGCUGCGUCUGUUGUAUACUUUCUAUGAUGUUCAGUUGUUCGGUAGCGAAAUGGAGUCUACAAACAGAGUAAUCUCCAAUAAUAAAAUGAUUGGCUGAACCUAUCGUUUCUUUUCAAUAGGAAAAUUUGUGUGAAAAUAGAAAGAAAUCAAAUUAAUUCACAGACGUUUCAAAAUGCAAUUGAUUUUUAGUUAUAAAUGGUGUCAUGCGGUGAUGGCAGUGAAAUGAGUGUUUAAUAAAAUUUACCAAGCUCAAUUUUGAGCUGAACAGACGCCCAAACAUGAAAUUGUAUAAUUUACACGUACAUGUAUCGAUAAAGUCUUAACUCUAGAAGUGAUCACGGUAAACUUUGCGCAUGUCAAACACGCGUAACAUUCGACGGUCAUGCGGAUGUGUAGACGACGCCUGUUAUGUUGGCUGGUAACAAAGGUGUUAUGGUCGCCGGUGAUAUCUUGGACGCUGUUCGCAAUGUCCUUGGUGUACAUCAUUUGUGUUAACACGAGCUCCUCGUACGUUUUGGGUAAAUCAACAUCCACACAUGGCCUGACAUACAUAGUGGUGCUUGAAGAAGGAAUGGACGUACCUCAGAACGUCCCCGACGUCGGGUCGGUAGCUGCAGGACUGUCUCAGCUCAACCCAGUUGCUGGACAGCCCUGGUACUCACUGGGCGCAUUAGGUGCCACACUGUGGACAGCCCCAGGACCAGCAGCUGGGCUGCAUGCCAGGGCCUCGGUCCAGCAGCUGUACGCAGACUUCAAGAAGCCGUCGUUGCGGUGCCGCAAGCUGGUCAACAUGGGAGGCCAGGGCUGCACUCGGCGAUACGAAGGCAAUAAAGACGUCAGUAAUAAUCUAUUAAUGUAA